AUGAAUUUUUACCGAUUUACUGCUUAUAAUUUGAUCACCAUUUCAUUACAAGCUGAGCCUCCAAAAAUUAUCGAUAGUUAUAAUAGAUUGGCUGAUAUACAUUUGAAAAUAUUGUUGAGUUUCCCAAAUUUGAAUUUAAAUGCAUAUUCUGAAAUUAAAUUGGAACAACAGGGAGAAACUGGGUAUACGGCUCCUCCACCGCAUGGUGGAGAACGAGGGUUUGCUCCUCCCGGUGGAUUCAGAGACAAACGUGAAGAUUUUAUUAUGAGUAUUAGUGAACGACAAGAGCUUUCCUUGAUGUAUAUCUUGAACUCGUUGCUUUCAUUACGAUCAAUAACCAAAUUUGUUGAUACAUCGCCACUUUAUAAACUGGAAUUAUCAUUUCUUGCAAAGUCUUUGUCUAGUUCAUUAUCCAGAGACAUUGACGAAUUAGCUUCCCAACCAACAAGUACGCAUUCAAGUGUGGUUUCCUUCCCGCAAUUGAACCAAUUAGAAAAGGAGAAGUCAUUGGAUUUUAUGCAAAGAAAAAUGAUCAACAAUUCAGUCCUUAUUCAUGGAUCCUACAAGGAAAAGUUGGGUAAUAUCGUCAAAUUAUGCAACUUUUUGAAUGAUGGAAAUUUAACCAUCCCAGCGUUAUGUCAAAAGUACCAUUCUACAAUAAGUGAAUCAACUCAUGGCACAGAACUGUUACGAUUUGCUGUGGAGGCAGUAUUGAAAUUAUUAAUUCUUUUAUCGCUUGAGAGAAUCCUGAAUGGAGUAAAUUCAAUAUCAGUGGUUAAUUUAAGGAAGUUGUUUUUCAUAGAUGGACUGAUUGAAGAUGUGUUUAAGGUUAAGAAGGUGUUGGAUUAUGAGAUACAAGUGCAGAAUGGAGACGAAGUUUUAGUUUUAUCAAAGAAUAAAGGUGUCAAGUCUAUGGAUCUAAUUAUUCAGGAUCAAUUGGAAAUUAAUAGGCUAUCUCAAAAAUUAAAGGAGUUGGCAACAUAG